AUGAAACAUAAUUUUGCUUUUGACAACAUGGGUUAUGAGGAGAGCUCUGAAACCAUGCCCUCUCCACCCUCCCAAGAGCAUACUGUGGUAGUCAACAUUGUGGGAAUGACUUGCCAAUCAUGUGUGCAGUCGAUAGAAGGCCGAAUUUGCAAGGUGAAGGGCAUUUUGAGAAUUAAAGUCUCCCUUGAACAGAACAAUGCUGUUAUCAAGUAUCUGCAGUCGGAAAUAAACCCUGAACAGAUUUGCCAGGAAGUUCUGGAUAUGGGCUUUGACGCCAACAUAGCAGAAGAGAAGUUGACAGCAGCAACUGCAAAUUUGCCAAGCUUGAAAGAAGCAGUAGUUAAGCUGCGGGUAGAAGGCAUGACAUGCCAGUCCUGUGUCACCAACAUUGAAGGAAAGAUUAGGAAACUGCACGGUGUGGUAAAAAUCAAGGUGUCACUUGAUAACCAAGAAGCAAUUAUUGCUUACCACCCUUACAUCAUUCAGCCUGAUGACCUCAAGAGACACAUCAGUGACCUGGGGUAUGACUGCACCAUUAAAAGUAAAUCAGCCCCUUUGAAGCUGGGUGCCCUUGAUCUCCAGCGCUUGCAGAAUGCAAACCCCAGGGAGACAUCUGCAAGUCUCGAGAGUGAUGGGCUGGAUCUGCUGGUCCCUGAGAUGGGUAGCACAGCGACAGUGACUGUACAGAUAGAGGGCAUGCACUGCAAGUCCUGUGUCAGAAACAUCGAAGGAAAUAUAUCAGAUCUUCCUGGCAUAAAAAGUAUUAAAGUGUCUUUGGAGAAUAAAUGUGCUGUGGUAGAGUAUAGCCCAGAUUUAAUCACCCUGUCAGCUUUGCAGCAAGCUAUCGAAUCCCUUCCACCUGGAAACUUUAAAGUAAGCCUCCUUAGUGGUUCAGAAGCAAAUAAAGCAGCAUCUCCCUCGGGUGCUUUCACAUACAAUGUCAUCAGACAGCCACCACAAGGCACGACACAUACGGCUGUUAUUAAGAUUGAUGGCAUGACCUGCAAUUCUUGUGUGCAGUCCAUAGAAGGGGCCGUAUGCCAGAGGCAGGGAGUGCAGCACGUGGCAGUUUCUCUAGCUGGCAGUACUGGGACCAUACACUAUGAUCCAGCUGUCACUAGUGGAGAAGAGUUAAGAGCUGCCAUAGAAGACAUGGGAUUUGAUGCCUCUGUGCUGACAGGUAACAGUAUACCAGUAUAUCUUUAUCAACCUUCUUGCCAAGGCAAUGCCUCGGAUGCUCUUCCAGACAGUCCUCACUCAGAUGGGUCAAACCAGCUCAGUGGAGCCACGGAAGAAAAGUGUGUUUUACAGAUCACAGGCAUGACCUGUGCAUCGUGUGUGUCUACCAUUGAAAGAAAUUUGCAGAAAGAAGAUGGAAUUGUUUCAGUAUUGGUAGCACUGAUGGCAGGUAAAGCAGAGAUAAAAUACAAGCCAGAACUCAUACAGCCUCUUGAAAUAGCGCAGCUGAUCCAGAAUUUGGGUUUUGAAGCUACCAUCAUGGAAAAUAAUGCAGAAACAGAAGGGCAAGUGGAGCUUCUUAUCACAGGGAUGACUUGUGCUUCUUGUGUUCACAAUAUUGAAUCCAAACUCAUGAGAACAAAUGGCAUAUUCUCUGCCUCAGUUGCACUUGCAACUAGCAAAGCUCACAUCCAGUUUGAUCCUGAAAUUAUUGGACCGCGAGAUAUUAUAAAAGUAAUCAAGGAAAUUGGCUUUCAUGCUUCUGUGGCUAAAAGAGCUCCAAAUGCACAUAACCUGAGUCAUAAAAAGGAAAUACAGCAGUGGAGGAAAUCUUUCUUGUACAGCCUAGUGUUUGGUAUCCCAGUUGUAGUCAUAAUGAUUUAUAUGCAAAUACCCAAUGGUGAAGACCAUGGGUCUAAGAUGCUGGAACAGAACCUCAUUCCUGGAUUAUCUAUUUUGAAUCUUCUUUUCUUUAUCCUGUGCACUUUUGUUCAGUUCCUUGGUGGAUGGUAUUUUUAUGUACAAGCUUACAAGUCACUGAGGCACAAGAUGGCCAAUAUGGAUGUGCUCAUCGUGCUGGCCACGACGAUUGCUUAUCUGUAUUCCUGCGUGAUCCUGAUAGUAGCAAUCAUUGAAAAGGCAGAGAAAAGCCCUGUCACUUUCUUCGACACUCCUCCGAUGUUGUUUGUGUUCAUUGCGCUCGGCAGAUGGCUGGAACACAUAGCCAAGGGUAAGACCUCUGAAGCUCUUGCUAAGCUUAUGUCUCUUCAAGCCACAGAAGCCACUGUGGUGACUCUUGGACCUGGCCACUCUAUUGUCAGGGAGGAGCAAGUACCUGUUGAACUGGUUCAAAGGGGGGAUAUUAUAAAAGUUGUUCCUGGUGGAAAGUUCCCAGUGGAUGGAAAGGUCAUUGACGGCAGUUCUAUGGCAGAUGAGUCUCUCAUUACUGGGGAGCCUAUGCCAGUCAUUAAAAAGCCUGGGAGCACAGUGAUUGCUGGUUCUAUAAAUGCACAUGGCUCACUUCUUGUUAAUGCAACUCACGUUGGUAGUGAUACCACUUUGGCACAGAUUGUGAAGUUGGUGGAAGAAGCUCAAAUGUCAAAGGCACCCAUCCAGCAACUGGCAGAUAAAUUUAGUGGAUACUUUGUUCCAUUUAUCAUCAUCAUUUCAACUGUGACAUUGAUAGUAUGGAUCACAAUUGGUUUUGUAAAUUUUGAUAUUAUUAAAAAAUAUUUUCCUAAUCAGAGCAAAAACAUUUCAAAAGCUGAAAUAAUACUGAGGUUUGCAUUUCAAACCUCAAUCACUGUGCUGAGCAUUGCAUGCCCUUGCUCUUUAGGCCUGGCUACCCCCACAGCUGUAAUGGUGGGCACAGGAGUGGCUGCGCAGAAUGGUAUUCUCAUCAAAGGUGGAAAACCCCUGGAAAUGGCACAUCAGAUCAAGACUGUGAUGUUUGAUAAAACUGGGACCAUCACCUAUGGAGUUCCUAAAGUCAUGAGGGUGCUUUUGAUGGGAGACACAGCUGUGCUCCCCCUGAAGAAGAUACUGGCUGUUGUCGGUACAGCAGAAGCCAGCAGCGAGCAUCCUUUAGGAAUGGCCGUCACUAAAUACUGCAAAGAGGAGCUUGGCACUGAGAGGCUGGGAUACUGCACUGACUUCCAGGCAGUCCCAGGCUGUGGUAUCAGCUGCAAGGUCGGAGGGGUUGAGGCCAUCCUUGGCACAGCUGAGGAAGGUCCCAAUAAGCUGGAUGCUAACAGGAGUGGGGACAGCAAAACAAUGCCAGCUGACAAAGGCAAACAUGAGCAAAAAUACUCAGUGUUGAUCGGAAAUCGUGAGUGGAUGCGACGCAAUGGCUUGAAUAUUGCAAAUGAUGUAAAUGAUGCAAUGACAAACCAUGAAAUGAAAGGACAGACUGCCAUACUAGUGGCUAUAGAUGGUGUGUUGUGUGGAAUGAUCGCAGUAGCAGACACUGUCAAGCAGGAGGCAGCCCUUGCUGUGCACACACUGCAGAGCAUGGGAAUAGACGUGGUACUCAUAACAGGGGACAACAGGAAAACUGCAAAAGCCAUUGCUACUCAGGUUGGGAUCAAAAAAGUCUUUGCAGAGGUUCUUCCUUCUCACAAGGUUGCAAAGGUCCAGGAGCUCCAAAAUGGAAAGAAGAAGGUUGCAAUGGUUGGUGAUGGAGUCAACGAUUCCCCUGCACUAGCCAGGGCCGAUGUUGGAAUUGCAAUUGGAACGGGCACUGAUGUUGCCAUUGAAGCUGCAGAUGUUGUUCUUAUCCGAAAUGAUUUGCUGGAUGUAGUUGCCAGUAUUCACUUAUCCAAGAGAACAGUUCGAAGAAUACGAAUAAAUCUGAUUCUUGCCUUAAUUUAUAAUCUGCUUGGAAUACCCAUAGCAGCAGGUGUGUUCAUGCCUGUUGGCCUCGUGCUUCAGCCUUGGAUGGGAUCAGCUGCAAUGGCAGCUUCUUCUGUGUCUGUCCUGCUGUCUUCACUGCAGCUGAAAUGUUACAAGAAGCCAGACACAGAAAGUUACGAAGCACAAGCCCAAGGCCGCAUGAAGCCACUCACUCCUUCUCAAAUCAGUGUGCACAUUGGAAUGGAUGAUAGGAGGAGGGAUUCUUCCAAACCAUCUCCUUGGGAUCAGACAAGCCAAGUGUCCCUCUCUUCCUUGGCUUCAGACAGGCUGCCGAGACACAAUGGUUUCAUUCAGGAGGAAGCGGGCAAGUGGUCAUUGCUCAUAAAUGGAGCAGACGAAGAGCAGUACAUCUGAAGCACUGGACUCUUAGUACAGGGGGAAAUGUUCCUCCUCCCCAGUCAGGGGAGAGACUGACUUUUUUCAUCAACAGCUUCAGUGUUGUAAGUGAAGUAUUCCUUCAGCUCAUAAGACAAUCACAACUCAGCUCAGUGUUGGGUUGUAUGGAUUGUGGAUUUUUUUCAGGUCACCAGUUAUUUCUAGUUAUGGAAAUAAUCUGUGCCACUAUAAUGAACUGGCUUGUUUGCACACAGCAUUUAGUGAAAUAAUGUAAAAUUGUAAUUUUCAGACUCUAAAAGAGUUUCUCUGUGACUCUUUGCUAGGAACCAAAUUUCAUACUUUUCACUCUUUUAAACUUUAUUACUUCAAGACCACAUGAAGCAAGAGUAUUUUCAGAGCUGCCAAAUAUUAAUUUGUGUCUAAAUGAAAUUAGCAAUGGCAUAAGGAGCUCUGUGGUCAGAAGCUGAAUUUUUACACAGAAUCCUAACUAGUCAUGUCACUGUGAGAACACUUUGUAUUUAGGAUUCAUGGCAUCUCCUGGGACCAAAAAUGCUUUGUUGUUUCACCUGCUAUAACUCUCUGAAAGGUCUUUUUCAAAGAUUUUCACUUGCUUUGAGGGAUUGCAUCCUUUUGAUGCACAUUUCUACUGCUCUCUUUGCUUUUCUGUUUUGCUCCAUAUGAGCCCUUCCCCCCUUUUUCUUGCACAAGAGAUCUUCUGUGAUUUAUCAUUAUGUUUACAGAUAUUGCUGUUUGGGACAAACUCCUUUAAGUCACCAGAAACCAUUCCAUUCCAGUUGAAAUCAUAAAGGCAGAACAGUUCCUGGUCCCAGUUAUCCAAGAUACCUUGCUGGACCCCAGGGAGCUCCUUAGAGCUGGGCAGUUGCCUGUCUCUUUCCUCUGACAGAGAGAAGAAUUUAUGCCAGUGUGAGCAAAGGUGGUAUUUACCUUGCUAUGACUGAGCAGAACUAGCACUGGUGUGACUCCAGCAUAGCUGAACAGAGUGACAUUAUUUCAUAACUUAACCCCAGCUUGCUGGUUGCUUAAAAUGAAGCUAAAAAUUUAAAUUAUAAAGGUGGAAAAAUGGCCUUAAAGUGGGCUUCUAUUUGCCAUCAUAUAAAUAAAUUACAGGACCUGAACUAAGAAAAUUUGUAAUUUAAAUUUGUAUUUCUGUUUUGCAUUGGUUUUAGUUCCCGUCUUUACUUCAGUGAGAAAUCAAAGUACUGGACCACUGUUUUUUUACUUUAACAUCUUUACCAAAGCUUGCAGUAACUUCAUCUCUGUGGAUGUCAGAUUCACCCCUUAACACUUUUUAGAGUAAGGACAGUAGGAAUCAACAGCUUUGGUGCACUGGAUCCAGUUCCAGAGUGCUGUGUUGUCCAGCUGUGGGACCCUGAUGUAAGCAGAGUUUUAUAGUCAAAUUUAGAAACUGAAAGAAGAGGAAAUACUUUGCUAAACAACAUGAAAUAACUACUUCUUUUCAUUGACUGAAAUAUAGAGCUGUUUCUAACAUGGGUUCAAAUCCUGCUUCUCCUAAUGUAAAAAUGAAAAACAAGUCAGAGAGGAAAAGAAUUGUUCUUAAAGCAUUGGAUGGGUCUUCCUAUUUUCUCAGAACUGUCUUAAAUAUAAUUACAAAUCAGUUUUAAAACUCUAUAUAAGUAGAGAUUACUUUCACAGCACACACACUUUUCAAACAUGCCAAAGGUGCAUGCCCCUGUGGGAAAGAGGGUCUGAAGUUUUACUAUUCUGCAUUUUCUUACCAGUCCUUACAGUAAAAAUAUACUUUGUUGUUUUUUGGUUUUUUUUUUUUUUUAAUCAAACAAAUGACUGUGUGUCUUUUUCUUUUUUUAUUGAGGUGUUCAGAAUAAAAAGAGCAUAAACAGAG